AUGUUUUCCUUCUUGAUAGCUACGUUACUUAUUCUAGCGCAUCUCUUCGCUAUUAAAUUUCAUUUUGAACUAGAUUGGGAGAAACACAUGGAGAGUAUAUCUUCUUUCAACAACAUGAUCGUGCUGCUGAUAAUUUGGUUGAUGUUUUCCAGCGCAGUUAUUACCGUCACUCUAUUAGCGAACAAUCAGGCGACCAUCCCGUGGUUGGAGGUGAUAAGAGGCUUCCAAAUAUAUCUGUGGUUCGUAUUGGGAUGCCAUGUUGAUGAUAAAAUCCGCCAACAAGUGGAACGCACGGACUUGCUCAUCAUCAAAUAUUUAAUUGAUUUUCAGGCUGAUCCUUCUCGAAAGAGCGUGCUCCAGACUUUCCGAGUGCUGGUCACCACUAAUCGUCUUCAAUUCAACGCCUGUAACCUGUACCAUAUUAAUUACACCACGCUGCUAGGCACUGUAGUCAGCGUCAUCACUUAUAGCAUCAUAUCGAUACAGUUACUAUAG